GAAUUUCUAUUACAUCACCAUGCUGCGGGACCCGGUGUCGCGCUACCUGAGCGAGUGGAAGCACGUGCAGAGAGGCGCCACGUGGAAAACGUCCCUCCACAUGUGCGACGGCCGGAGCCCCACGCCGGACGAGCUCCCCACGUGCUACCCGGGCGACGACUGGUCCGGUGUGAGCCUGCGGGAGUUCAUGGACUGCACCUACAACUUGGCCAACAACCGCCAGGUGCGCAUGCUGGCCGACCUCAGCCUGGUGGGCUGCUACAACCUGACGUUCAUGAACGAGUCGGAGCGCAACACCAUCCUGCUGCAGAGCGCCAAGGCCAACCUGAAGAACAUGGCCUUCUUCGGGCUCACCGAGUUCCAGCGCAAGACCCAGUUUCUCUUCGAGAGGACAUUCAACCUCAAGUUCAUCUCCCCCUUCACCCAGUUCAACAUCACGCGGGCGUCCAACGUGGACAUCAACGAGGGCGCGCGCCAGCGCAUCGAGGAGCUGAACUUUCUGGACAUGCAGCUCUACGAGUACGCCAAGGACCUGUUCCAGCAGCGGUACCACCACACCAAGCAGCGCGAGCACCAGCGCCACCGGCAGCGGCGGCUGGAGGCCCGCAGGCUGCAGCGGGCGCAGCGCGCCCACCGGUGGCCCAAAGGGGAAGGGACCCCCGAGGGAGCCGUCACCGAGGACUACAACAGCCAGGUGGUGAGAUGGUGACCCACCAGCACCGCCACCGCCACCGCCAACACACGCACACUCUCUCCUCCCUCCGGAGCCGCGGGGAGGCUGCUCCUGGACCUCCGCUGCCCACCUUCCUUGGAGAAUGCUGGAUGCUUCUGGAACAUCUGAGUGUCUGUGGCUUGACUUGGCCUCCGGCUUCUUCCUUGUCUUUCUCUUUUCUCCCAGCGGGAGGUGAUGUGUCUCGUCCUUCUUGUUUUCCCUGACAUUUUUUUCCCCUCCUGGUGAAAUAAGGAGGGGGAGGCGUUCCAAGCCACUGGAGAAUCCUCUAGAAGGUCACGAAGAGCCAGGAACACCUCCAAAAGAGAACCCACUCCUGGGCCAUGGUGUGAAAGGGCAAACGGCGCUGCAAGCAGGCACGCAUGAAAAGCCAGAUGAUGGCUUGGAGGUUCUGCUGAAACUGGUCUGUGGCAUCCUGUCUCUGUGCUGGGAAGGCGCCUCAUGGAGAGAAAGAGAGAGAGCAAAAGAAGGGCUCUGUCGGCCCUCGGAGGAGGUUGAGGCCCCUUCGCCCACGUGGCUGUGACUUAAAACUCUGAGUGUGGUUUAGAUUGCUAAGUAGAGUAAUGUGCUUUGUCCUUGAGGUUGUUGGGGUUAUUUUUUGUUGUUGUUUUGGUUUUUUUUCUGCCAAAUCACCACUCCUGUGGAGCCUCACUAAGGACUCGUGCCCUGCAGAGACCCUGCCGUGUAGCCUGAGCUCAACUUCCUGCCCAGGUUUGGGGAACAGAAUGUGGAAGCAGUUGGGGGUCUGCGUGGCCCCUGAGAAAGGCACACGAGUGGGGCAUGCAAGAAACCCUUUCUUACUAGCCUGUAUCUCGGGAGAGUGCAGGUUCUCUUGGUGUGUUUGGGGGAGGGGGGGAGGAAUGGAAGCAAGGAAUGGAAGCUCUAAGAAGGAAGGAAAGGGCAGGAGGGAAACUCCACGUCUGACAGCUCGACCUGACUAUAGAACCUCCCUUUACUAAGGCAUCUUUCCACUUUUCACAUUUCCGGGAGCUGUCAUCUUCUUUGAUAGUAGUACCUCCUGGUUUGAAAUUCUGCUCUCACAGAGGAAAAGAUAGUUCAAAAGAAUGUGGCCGGCAGAAUAGGAGCUGAGGUAGCAGGGAUCUCAAAUAUGUUCAAGGUCAGUGAAUCAGUAAUUACUCCGAUUCAGGUCAGGAGACAGGGAACUCAAUGAGACAGUUAAUCAGAGGAGUUUAGAUCAACUCUGCCUCCCGACAGCCCCCAUCUCUCUAGACCGACAACCUGUUUCCUGCCCGUGAGGGUUUUCCCAGUUGUCAGACUGUGUCCACCGCCAGCCAAAUAGGCAAAAGUGUCUAAACCUGAUCACAGAGAAUGUCCCGAUACAACCGCUGCUGUAUAUUUUCACCUUUCCCAACUGAACAGCCAGAACCGGGCAAUUUCUCCUCUUAAGAGGAGACACCAGGAGGAGGGCAUGAAUCGGAAACCCUGCCUUGGCGUUCAGGCAGAGGAUCAGAGUGACGAGAGUCUCACAACAGAUUGAGCAGAUGAAACCCUUCAAGGAGCUGAAGGCAAAGUGAGCGCACCCCCUGCAUCAGAUCGGAAGCUUAUUGCAUUGAUACCCAGCAUGUUUGAUGCUUAAUCCAGCUUUACAUAAGCCACAUCUCAGCCUCUGGGAUACCCGCCCUGGGGUUUGAAAAGCACUCGGAUUGUUUCUUUGAAACUCACUUCCCAUUGCUGGCAGGGAAUGCAAGCCUCGCUGAGACUUGGAGGCAGCCUCUGCUAACUUCAGACUGUUCCUUGGGCCCCUCUGGAUUUUUAUCAAAAGGCUUUCCGCAGUCUUGCUGCUGAAGGCGUGAUGUAUGGGGCUCCACUGGAGACCGAGAGCAGGAUGUUCAGAGGAGAAACCAUCUCUCUGUGUUGGCCUGAGGCCAGUACGGAGCAAAUUAAAAAGACCGACACGGGCUUCCUCUCUCAUAUCAUCUCAUUCGAAAGCAGCACGCCUGUCACCUCCCCGGGGGCCUGUGUUGAUGGAAAAGGAGAGGGAGGGAUGUGGUUCGUUCUCCUUUCCCCCCCCAAAAAAUUGACUGUACACCUCCACGCUGAGGGAAGCUGGGAGAAGGGAUUGCCGGCACGAGACAGCUGGGCCUCAGGCUCCCAGGGGCGUCAGCCACCCUGCCAUCCCAAACCAAGUCGGUUCCAGACACUUUCCUGCCAACCGUCCAAAAGGAAGCUGAAAAUUCAAAUAAAAAUAAAAGUCCCCGGCAAGUUCCACAGCCCACUGAUGUCUCAAAGGCCCAGGUAAACAUUCUUUCCUCCAUCCAGAAUCGCAGACACAGUAACAAGAUGGAGAUGAAAUGUCCUUGGGGAUGGUGCGUGGGGAAUGUGUGUAUGGGAGCAGGUUAAGUUAUUAUGAAACGCUGAGAUACAGAUGAUCUAUUCUGUCUAUGUCUAUUUUGGUGGCCUAUUUUUAGGGACUAGAGAAAUCUGCCCUGAGAGUUAUUUGGAAAACCUUUCCAAUAAUUGAUACCAUUAGCAAGUCAAUGGUAGGCCACCAUUAGGGAUGGUGUAGGGGUUAUUAAAUAUCAUCAUACCCCUGGCAUCCAAAGGAGGCAGGUCAUAAGUAGUUUGAUCAAAAGUCUGAAAUAUGAAAAUUUUUUUCUAAAAUCUCAGGAAAAAAGAAAGUCUUCCUGAUGAACCUAACAAGAAGAGAAGCCCAGGUCACUAGAAAGCAAAUUGAAGUUCGUUGUGUAGGAUUCUCAUUUGGCUGCUUGAGCUGAGAAAUUGAUAAUAACAAUCACUGCAUUGAUAUCGAAGUCAUUCCUUUCUUACUUAAAAAGAAAAAUCAAUUUGAUGGCACUGGUGUGUUUCAUGACCCUCUCUUAUUGCUCUUUCACUCUAACAUGCACCUUCCACCUCAUGGCCCAAAAUGGCUGUUGAAGCUCCUGCCAUCUUAUACAUUACACUUCAGCAGUAAGAAAGGAAAAGUAAAUUGCUUGUAUCACUUGCCAUUGCAUCUCUGGUCUACAACCUGGUGAGCCACAUUUCUAGCUUCAAAGAAGGCCAAAAAUGCUUUUAUUCUUCAUAGUACUGAGCUAUGAUAAAUGUGAGGGUUCUAUUAUUAAAGAAACAAUGUGACAAUUAAUACUGAUGAAAACUAUCAGUCUCUGACAUAAAAGGAGCUCACAAAAUAUCUCAAGUGCUAUUCAGUGUCAUCUAUCUCAUCAUGCAUUUUGCAAAGGCUAAGAUUAAAAUUCAUAGCUUUGAAUAGCACUUCAUGCUUUCCAAACAUUUAUACAUUUUGUAUCAGAGUCGAUCUCGGCGUUCUUGUGUGUGAAAUAGGACAUCGAGUCACCAUCCUGUUCGUUUGACGUGAAGAUUCAGAAAAGUUGAAUGAUUUCCCAAAGAUUCCAGUUUAUUCACAAGAAGUUGCUCGGGGGCCCCUCUUCAUAGCCAUGUCUGUUACUUUAUGCAGCUCAGCACCGGUGCUGGGACUGGGAAUUGCAAGCAUAUGAAAUCUAAAUCUUUAUUGAUUUCAUUUUCCUUCAACUUUCCCUGAAACGGCAGUGACUUUGCAAACGCUCAGGAGAAUGGGAGAGUCAGCUCCCUACGCUUGGUUCCUUGGGAGUGUCUCAGUAAGAAUGAACUCUGCAAAGAUCAGCAGUAUGUGUGGGUGGUGGUGGGGCCGAGGGGGGGGGCAGGAGGAGGGCAAUCUAGUGGCCCAGAUGCUCAACCUCUUUAGCUGGAUGUUUACUUCAGCCAAGCCCCAAACUGUUCACGCUGAAGUCAGAGGGGUUGUGCUCCCUUCCCUGAAGGAAACCCGGUCUUAGAAAAAAUUUAGAAUCGAUAGUGACCUGAAGAGUGAAGCUUAAGGGGUGAUCAAUAGAGGCUCCGAUCAAAAAUAUCCCUCCCUCCCUCUCUGUUUGUUUCCCAGGUUCCUGAAUUUUAUCAGCAACUUAUUGCUUUGGUUCUUAAAGGUUUUAUUUUGGUCUUAAAUGAGUCCCUUUGCUCAUUCGCUAGAGAGAGGAAAUGCUUUAAGCUGUCAUAAACUAGCAUCUUCACGCUGAGCGUAUCUGAUUCCUGUCUAGCCAUGACCUGUAACUGAGAAGAAGGUCUGGUUCGAGGGAAUCGUGGAGCCAUGGGGGCUUAGGGGGCGUGCGUGUGACUCUCGAGGAGGUGGAAGGGCUCCUAAGGGGAAGCAGGUCUUUCAAAAGUAGAAGGUCUUCGGUAUGUGCUGGCAAACAGUUGAAAAGUAAAGAAGUGACGAGUAGGGAGUUUUGUUUUUUUUUUCCCCCCAAAGAUGAGAGCAGGCUACAGCCGCGUGGACUGUGAUCCUCUUGGUGCUUAAAGGAGUAGUAAAAAAAGUAGAAAUCUGGAUCGUGGAUGACUUUGAGGGACUCGUGGAGAUGAAAAUGCUGCGUCACAGGAGGGCCAAGAAUCCUGAUCCGUUAUUUUCUUAACAUUUUCCUUUCCCAUAGCUUUUGUGCCUCCACGGUACUAGAACUCCAGCUGGAAGUCUCCAGGCUGGCUGUCGGGACUGGCUGGCUGUGUGGUCUCGGUUCUGAGGAGCAGGCCCGACUGGACACUGUCCUUCUCCUGGACACUUCCGGCAUUUCUUCUUCUAUUUCAACUGGACAUAACAAGCUCCCAACCGUUCCCUCAUCUGGACCCUCCUGGACAUAGCAGACUCCCCCCUGCGAUGUUGAAGGAGCCCUUCUGGGUAUUAGGGCAGGCUCCCAGGCCUUUGUGUUUUAUAGACUAAGAGAAGUAAUGAACUUGGACCCAUCCUGACCACACUGGACGCUGCCAUCCUGCCUUGCAAAAGGUGCUGAGAGUCCCAGAGGGCCGGCCUUGCUCUCACACACAGCAGCACCCGCCAGACAAAAGUCCCUGAACUUCUGGGCAAGAACUGGCCGAGACCCUCACAGCUGCGGGUGGAAGCACACUUUCUUGAGCCUGCGUUCUAAUUUCUCUGUGGAAUCGACUGCACACUGUCAUCUCUGGACAGCUUAAGUGGAACUGUGUGACUCCCAUGUUCUCCCAAGCCACAGAGACACUCACUCUUGGGCCUGAUGCUUGUAUUGAUCAACCUCAGAUCUGACCAGGAAAGCGGCAUUUGGAGGCGACAGAGUUUGUGUGAUUUAGCCGUUGUUCCGUUUGUCUUCUGCCCAUCUGUCAUUUUCCUUUUUUUCCCCCGUGCUUCUCUUUGCUUUGCUUUUCUCCCUCCAUCCCACCCUCUCCACCCCACUCUCUCCACAUCAAAAGUGGAGAUUUCUGGAGUUUUCUCACUUUAUUUUUCACUGAAGGUGUCAAAGAUGAAAGACAUGGGUAAGAAAAACAAAACUUUGGACUUUUAUCUGGUGCCCAUUUUAGGUGUAAAGCUAGUUAUUCAAUAGAUAGAAAUUAUUUCUCUCAAGAGGUACUUCCUUUAGUUUUUGUGCAAUAAUAUGUAUGAACUCGGGUACUAGGAGAUUGUAUUGUGACGCUAUCAAUCUUUAUUGCUAUUUAAAAAAAAUGAUAGUUUGUAGAACUGAGGAUUUCCAUUGAUGUGAAGCACAAUUUAAUGAAUAAGUUACCAUAUUAAACUGUUGUGAUGUCAAGAGCAA